GUACGGUUAUGGUACGGAAAAUAGCUUCAAACCUAUUUUGCACCCAGACGCUUUACAGAUAACGUUCAAGCGUUCAGUGAGUAGGAAAUCGAAAGAAUGGUGUAAUGGUAUAAGAUACAAACUAUCAGCAUGACAGACCCGGGUUUCGAUGGAAACAAUGGUGCUGACCCAGACACACUGGAGAAAGAUGGAAUUUCCUUUGCUCAACAAGCUGUCACAUGUGACCAGCACAAUAAGCAUCCAAUGGCAAUAUUCUUUUACACUGAAGCUGCUCAAGCGUUAUUGAAUGCUGCAAUGAGUGGUUCUAAAAUGCCAGGUAUCGUAGAUAAAGCUCAACAGUAUAUAACAAGGGCAGAGGAACUGAAAAAAAUCACUUCAAGUUAUCCCCAGGCAAUGAAUCAAACCAUGUCAUCACAUCAGUGUGAUAUGGAAAGAGCCAAAUUUUUAUUAAAACAAGCAUUUGAAGAGGAUGAGAUGGGAAAUGGACAGGAAGCUAUUGAUCUGUACACUGAGGCUGUAGAAUUAUGUCUAAAAAUAAGAAAUGAAACAAAAGAUACAGCAUUGCAAGAAAAGGUGAAGAAACUUGCUUCACAAGCUCUAGAUAGAGCAGAAGUUUUAAAAAAGAAACUAUCUCCUAAAUCAGAAGUUGCCCCUGCUAUGACCCCCACCAAUAAACCAAUGAACUCUGCGGGUAAAGUUGUCCCUCCACUUGGGUUUGGGGCAUUUGCUGGAAGUGAUGAUGAGGAGCAAGGGUCACAGGGUUCAGUACCAAAUGUAACAAGGGCAAGGUCACAGAAAGGGGGACUUCAGGUGUAAUAAAUGUUGGACGUAAAUGCUUAUACUAAAGAGGAAAUUGAUGUGUUAAGGAUUACCUCAGAUGUUAAUGGGAGAUUAUAUGUUCCUUUCCUGUCUGUUGAUAUGAAAGAAAGAUUUGCUUUUCCAGUCCCUUUCAGUGAUAAAGAUGGGAAGUUGGCUUUGUCACCAAAACAGAAGCAGAAUUUUGGCAAAUGGGCAAGACCGGAAGAUUUCUGUGAUGAUCCUAAAAUGAUUAUUGCCGUGUCCAGUUUAAGCAUCAGACAGACUAUAGUAUCAGACUGCAGUUUUGUAGCAUCUCUUGCAAUCAGUGCUCAAUAUGAGAGGAGAUUUAAGAAGAAACUCAUUACCAGUAUAGUUUAUCCACAGAAUAAAAAUGGUGAUCCAGUGUACAAUCCAUGUGGGAAAUACAUGGUCAAACUUAACAUAAAUGGUGUUCUAAGAAAGGUGAUUGUAGAUGACUUUCUGCCAAUGGAUCAGCAUGGAGAGUUACUGUGUUCCUACUCUAACAAUAGAAAUGAACUAUGGGUAUCUAUUCUGGAGAAGGCAUAUAUGAAAGUAAUGGGAGGUUAUGACUUCCCUGGAUCUAACUCUAAUAUAGAUCUGAAUGCCCUGACGGGCUGGAUUCCUGAGCGUGUUUCCAUGAGUAAUGCUAACGACGACAGGUUUGAUAAAGACAAGGAGUUCAAGCGUAUCCUCGACAGAUUUCACAAAGGUCAUUGUCUUGUUACCAUGGCAACUGGAGAUCUCAAUGAUGCAGAAGCUGAUAGGGCGGGACUUGUGCCUACUCAUGCAUAUGCAAUGUUAGAUAUUAGAGAAGUCAAGGGCAAGAGACUGCUGAUGUUAAAGAAUCCAUGGAACCAUUUAAGAUGGAAGGGAAGGUACUGUGAGAACGAUCUUACAAACUGGACACCAGAGUUACAGAAGGCGCUCAACUAUGACCCCAAAAGUGCUCAAAUAAUUGACAAUGGUGUGUUUUGGAUAGAUUAUGAAUCAUUAAUCCAUUUUUAUGAUGUCAUAUAUAUCAACUGGAAUCCAGAAUUGUUCAAGUACACCACAUGUAUGCACAGUACAUGGCAGGCUAAAGAAGGGCCAAAGAAAGACAGAUACAACAUUAGUGACAACCCACAAUACAGACUUGAACUGAAGUCUAACCAACCAUCAGCUGUCUGGUGUCUCUUAACCAGACAUAUAACAGAUAAGAAUGAUUUUGCAGACAACCGUGAGUUUAUAGCACUUCUGGUGUAUGACACUGGUGGGAAAAAGAUAUUCUACCCUCAUGACCCUCCGCCAUAUAAAGAUGGUGUAAGAAUCAACAGUCCACACUACCUGUGUAAACUGAUAGAGAAUAAGAAGAACGCCACAUACACACUUGUUGUGUCACAGUACGAGAAAAACAAUACAAUACACUAUACACUCAGGGUAUUUGCAACAUGUGAGUUCUCACUUACGAAGAUUGUUGAUCCAUACAAGAAACAGUAUGAAAAACGAUUAACGGGUCAGUGGAAAGGUGCGACUGCAGGUGGUUGUAGUAAUUAUCCGGACACUCACAAAAAUAACCCUAUAUACCAGGUGAAAAUUGACAACAGCAAUACUGAUAACUAUGUCUUAAUUGAACUGUUUGGUCCAAAAGAAUACAGUGUAGGAUUUGAGGUUGUAUGUGUAAGUGCUAAUGUACCAGGUGGCCUUACAAAAACAACUUCAGGCGAUUUCAGACGAGGAUAUGUAGUGUUACAACUGGACAAGAUCUCUGGUGGUAUAUACAACAUCUCGCCGUGUACAUUCCGUCCACUUGAAGAAGGACCGUUCUUCCUUGAUCUAAACUCCUCAGUUCCUUUCACUGUUACACAAAUCAGAUGACAUUUUAUAACUGAGUAGUGUGAACAUAGAAUUUCU